AUGGAGUCUCAAGAAUUCACAACCACCAACCCUCCUUUCUAUCAUUCUAGCCAGCAAAAAGAAAUAUUUUACUCUGUUGAAUCGCUGGAGAAACUUGAAGCAACAGAGCCACAAUUCUCAUCAAAAGAAUAUUGUGCCAUUAAAACUACCCCAAAAGCGCUCACUGUAGCUAUCUCAGGAUGUAGCUCAUCAGGUAAAACCACGUUGGCAUUACUACUUUCAGAAAUCUUCUCUUCUUCCCCAACUACAAAACACUCGACAGGCAGGAAACCUCCAGAUAUAUCCGAGGAAAAGAAUCUAGGCGAUGCAAAAGCUAUACAUCCCUUCACAACCAUAAUUCAUCAGGACGCUUUCUUCAUUCCGAAAUCUGACUGCCCAUUGGUCCAAUUCAACAGCGCUCCUAGCGACGAACAUUUUUUAAAAGAAAGCCUUGCUCAAAAUAACGAGAAUCCAGUCUAUUUAUACGCUCGAACUGGUAUGAAUGGGGAAGAAGAUGUACAAAUCACCGGACCAAAUACUGACUGUAUGGAAGCGGUAAAUUUUGGCAAUCUACUUCGAAUGGUUCGAGCUGCCCAGGCCAAUAAUUCUGAGCCGAAGAUGUGUGUUCAAUAUAUAGAUGACGGAGACAAGAUGAAACUAAUUGAGCAAUAUUCCGGGGUCAUCGAAAGCAUGCGCAGAAAGAUUAGAGAGUAUUUUGCCUCGGGAACAGGCAAUCGUAUGAGAAACGAUGCUUUUGCAGGCUUUAACUAUAGAUGGGUAUUUGUUGAGGGAUUUCUAUUAUUCAGCGAAGCUCUCCCCUCUGACGACAGAAGCUCAUGGUUUGGUGCAUCCUCAGAGGUCAAAGACCAUUGUGCAGAGCGAUCAGGAAAUGUACGACAAGAAUUCGAGAAAGAAGCUGCAUUGAAGGAGAAUGAGAUUAUGAGAGCGAAGGAAAAGAUAGUUCUCGCAAAGGCAGCUUUGAUGCAAGAAUUCGAUAUAAAACUAUUCUUGCCUACUAGCAAGGAGGUUGCUAAAGAGAGGAGACUGAGCAGAUUCCUAUACAUCGACUUUCCAGCUGGUGGCAGAUAUCCUGGACAGAUGUGGAAGUCAGAAGGAUACUUUGAAGAAGUUGUUUGGAAGGGCUAUGAAGAUUCAUUCAGUUGGCUGUUAAGAGAGACCGGAAAGGAGCAUGUCGACGGCGUGUUUGUUAGGACUACUGUCGAUGACACAAUUGAGAACACUGUUUACUGGGCAGUUGAUAUCAUUCUUCAAUUUUUGAGAGGUAAUGGGGUAGUCUCAAAGGACAAUACCCGAGGACUUAAGGUCACAGGUACUUCUCUCGAACUGGAGGGGGUUUUCCGAAGUCUGCUAAUAUAG